GGCGGACGCGCUGUCAAUCGCGUGACAUUUUCUCACUCCUCGGUACUCCGCGCUGGUACGCGAAACGACGACGACGACGACGGCCGUGUGCGUUCCCGCCUCGUGCACGCGUCCUCGCGCACGGCAGCGCCGGUGGGUGGAUCGUGGUGAACCGCGUGUGCCGACACGGCCGACCGAGCCCGUCGUCCGCCUCUCCGAUCACGGCGACGAUUUCGCGUGAAGUUCACCAACGGCCGAGGAGCAGACACCGCGCGCGCCGGUACAGCACCGCACGAAAGUUGGCGCGCGCUGACGGCGGUGGUACAGUCCGCCGCGAAAGUUGCCGACGCAGUCGGCGAAUUCGCACGUCCCGCCGUUUCGAAUUAUGCGGCGCAGCGCGGCGCGGCUUCCUUCUUCUUCUUCUUCCUCCUCUCUGUGGCGCGGGUAUCUUUGAUUAGCUCAGCAAGAAGGUGAAGCCUAAUCGUCUGGAACAAGGAUAUAGCACCGAGAUAAGUAUCAACCGAAUGAGAAGCGAGCGCAGGUAAACGAGCGGCUCUUUGCGACGCGCCGAAUUUGAAAUCUCUCUCUCUCUCUCUCUCUCUCUGCGAGAGUGUCAUCACGUGCAUCGUCAACGUCGCAAAACAAUAACACGAUACCUUACGCGACAUGGGCAACUCCAGCGUGAAGCAGCACUACGAGACUGCGAAGAAGACCGGCACGCUGAAGCUGUCGCAGCGGAAGCUGGACGAGUUCCCGCAGAACUUCCGUGCCUUGGCGCACUUGCUGCGCACCCUGGACCUCUCGGAGAACAAGUUCACCACGCUGCCGAACGACAUCGUUGAGUUCACGCUGCUGAAGCAGCUGAACCUCAGCCACAAUCGGCUGACCGGCCUGCCCGACACGCUGGGGGUGCUCGGGAAACUGGAGAGCCUGAACUGCGCCUCCAAUCAGAUCAAAUCGAUCCCGUCAUCCCUCACGGGGCUGAACCACCUGAAGCAAGUCAACCUCUCCGACAAUCAGAUAUCCGAGUUCCCGCUGAUGUUCUGCGACCUGCGCCACCUCGACGUGCUGGACCUGUCGAGAAAUCGGCUCACUAUCGUGCCGGACGCCGCCGCCAGUCUGCAUGUGACCGAGUUGAACCUCAAUCAGAACCAGAUCGCGACCAUCUCCGAGAAGCUGGCGGACUGUCCACGUCUGAAGAUGUUGCGGCUGGAAGAGAACUGCCUGCAGCUCAGCUCGAUCCCCCUGAGGAUCCUCAAGGACUCCAAGGUCUCGGUGAUGGCGCUCGAAGGGAAUCUCUUCGAAAUGAAGCAAUUCGCGAAUCUGGACGGCUACGAUAUCUACAUGGAACGCUACACCGCGGUCAAGAAGAAGAUGUUCUAAGGAACGACGGUCUUAGCAUUGCGUGCUUGUUUAUACCGAAUUUAAUACGCGUACUGAAUUCUAUCACAUUACUAUUACACAUAUAUAAUGCUACACAUUUAUAAAGUUAUUAUUAUUAUUAAUAUUAUCUUAAUUUCGACGUGUAAAAACGGCGUACUAAGCUGGCACGAUACGAAUCAAAGAGCUCUGUCAUUUAAAUUUGAUAUCACUUUUUUCUGCACGCGCUAACAAAAUAAAAAUAAUUUUAUAUAAAAUAGUACUAAUUGGUACGCGUAUUAAACGACUGUUAAUCGAGAUAAUCAUUAAGGGACAGAGAUUUGCGUAAAACGCAUAUUUACGGGGUUGGGAAGUAACGUGUUACUUGUAACGUUAUUACCGUUACAAGUUAAUUUUUUUCAGUAACAAUUUUUAAUAACGACAUUUCUAUCUUUUGAUUAGUAACGAUAACGCAGUUACAUCUUUUUGGUAAUGGUAUAUGAAUAUAAUACGAACGGGUUAACGAGUAACUUUCCCAACUCUACAUGUUUACAUCGUGUUUUCGCAGCCUGCGGGAUUGUUUACUAUUUGGAGUUUCCAGCUAGUCGAAUCCCUAAAUCUAUGCGAGAUUUACGUAAGAUUUUUGAAGAUACACAAUUUAGAAUUUAUUGUUUGUUUCGCAUGUUACGGUGGCAGCAUCCACAUCUGUUUCGAGAAGCGUAUAUCGAUUUAAUUUUCACCAAGGUUUCACAAGGAAUCAAAUGUCGAGGAUGAAAGUAUCAAAGCGGGAUCACUAAUAUUAGAGGAAAUAAUAACGUCUGAGAGCAAUGAUGGCGCGAUUUUUAUAUUAUUUAUUGAGAUUCUUCGCACCACUUUAAGCAGAUUCGACUAUGCGCAAAACUUUCGCAUAAGAUAUAUGAAUGUUUCGCUGUUCUUUUCUCUCACCACUUCGCUUGAACAAUUAUUUAUCACACCGAAAUGACGAUGAUCACCGUAAUGUGUAGUACGACAUUCGAGAAGUUAACCAUGUAAAUAUUAGUGUACGUCGGUAUUUUUCACACCAAAUAAAAGAUUUGAGAGUGCAGAAUCAAUUGUGGUACAUUUGUGGUCUGUUCUUUUUUAGCUGAACUGGCAGAACUAGUUCGAGAAAUUUACACGCACACUGAAGCGUAAAAAGCACACCUAUGAAAUUCUCACACUUCAGUGUACAUAAAUUUCUUGAACCAGUUCAGCUGAAAAGAACAGGACAUUGGUUUCAAUAAGGUUUGAACGUUUUUUUCUUCCGAUACAAUUCGGAACGCAGUCGACGGUCCAACGAGAAAGUUUUCGAAAAAAUUCUCAGAAAAUGAAUUCUUUCAUUGGAGCACCGGCUGAAUUCCAAAAUGCAUCGAGAAAGGAAUGUUAAAGCCGUCUCUCAAACCAAAUGUACCCUGUUGUCAGAUCGGUAACGAAAAUUAUAUUUUGCAAAAGUGAAACAAUUAUAUGUCUCGACGAGGGAGCACACGAGGAGCCCGUGUUUUUCAUCGCGCAUUUAAUUUCUGACAAAUGUACGUUACCUGAGAUGCGAAGGUGAGUCUUAAUUUAAGUGGCGGUUCAUGAUCCGUAUGCAUAUCAAAGUUUACUAUUCAUCAAUCGUCUCUGCGGAAUCUGUAAGAUCUGAUGUUUCAUCGGAAAUCCUUAUACGACGCAUACUUUAAUAACACGGGCUGCUCUUCGUCGAAACUUUGACAUAUGCUAUACUUUCCUUACCUUUAUACGUCGUCCGCGAUUAAAGAUUCACGACGAGCCUUAUAUAUGUCCCCCAUUUCCGAGACCUCGCUUUACGAAGUUUCACUUCCGAAGUUGAAAUUCCAACGGAGUUGGUCCUCACGCGAUAUUAUCACUUGUUAAGUGAGAAUCGACGCGUUUAUUUCGUCGUCUGAAUCACGAAAUCAAUUAUAUUAAUCGUGAAGCUAAUCGCAAGAAUCGAGUAGUAUCACACUGAAAAAUAAGUUCAGUCGGAUUUAUCUGACAAUGGACAGUCAAACGCGUUUUGGUUGAAAAGAGAAAGGAAAAAAUUUCUGUGCGUUCUCGUGAAUCAAAUUUGGUCCUUAUAAUGAAAAAUUCUCAUCUUCAGCCGAAAAAACGCAUUUGGUUGUCCAACCAAACUUACCUUUCAGUCGCAGAUAGAAACAAUUCUUUUACAACCCGAUCUUAAUCUCAGUCUUGGCGAAUUUUGCAUCAAAACCUUCCACCGAGGACUCUCAUCAAAGUUUCGUAAAUCGAGGACUCCGUGUAUUUAAUGCUGAAAUCGAUAUAAAAUAUUUUACCGAUAUAUCAUAUAUGGCGCACGUUUAGCGACAUGUUUCGAGCGAUUUUCGAAUUAUUGUGUACGGUUUGUAAUGUGACUGCGCGUGAUUUUACUGGGUCAUACAUGUAAUCUCACUUCCUUGUCAGAGUCUACGGGAAUAAAUCGUGUAUUUAUUUUUA